UCAGCGCGGGUCGAGUUGGCCGGCACCUCCAGACCCAGGCUCAUCAGGCAGGUGAAGCACCCCAGACGCGGCAGCCCGUCGGCCUUGGGGGCCGGCUUGUCGCUCUUGACGUCGGCAACGGCAGGGGGGAGGGGCGCCGGGACCGCCCCUGCACGACGAGGGGCUGAGCAGCGAUGGGCUGAGGUGGCUGAGGACGUCUGGGUUGCUGUCCUGCUUGUCGAUGGGCAGGAGGGGGGGCGAGGGGGGCGAGUGCGAGGGCGGGAUGGGGGAGGGAGGGGGCGUGGGGUUGGUCGACGUCUUGCUCUCGGUGCGAAGGGGGGGCGGCUUGUCCUUCAUGGCCUUCUGCAUCCACCUGCGUGUGGAGAUGGCCUGGGCGGUGUAGAGGGACGUCUUCUGGUCCUCCUUGCCGAUCAGCUGGGCGGCAGCAGAGGCUGCCGUGGCGGUCAGCACCGAGUUGAGGGGGAUGUUGUGCUGCUUGCACGUCUGGAUGAGCUUCUUGGUCGUCGACGGAUCGAACAACAGAGGCACUAUCGACGUAUGCGCAGCCUACACAACACACACAGGGAGAGAAUGAACGGAUGCUAAUGUGUUGUGACAAGCCCCCCCUCUCUCCCUCCCUCCCUCCCUCCCUCCCUCUCUCGCUUCACUCGCCUCACCAGCUGCCUGUCCCUGUACUGCUCAGCGGGGUACAUGACGGAGAAGGGGUUCCUCUUCUUGACCAUCAGCUUGCGGAAGAACAUCGUCAGGCCCUUGCCGACCUGGAAGGCCGCCUCGUCAGCCACUGCGUACAACGGCUUCGUCAGGGCGUCCAAAAGCGUCCCACGCAUCACGGACGACACCGGCGGCGGCAGCGACUCACUCAGAGGCCCCCCCAUGAAGGGGUUGUCGGCCAUCGAGGGGAGUUCAGGGAGCGAUUCCAGCGAUGCAAUGGUCGACGCCGACGCGAACAUGUGUAGAGGGGGAGGGGAGGUGCGGUGGGGGUUGCGGCGCUGGGCGAGGGUGUAGAUGGUGUUGAGGAAGUCCUUCCAGAAGUUCUGCCGCGCCAUGCCGUCCAUGAUGCCGUGGUGGAAGAUGCCUACGAUCCACGUCCGGUACGAUGGGUACAACACCGGACCCUGCACAUAUCAAGACACACCAGCACCAGACCGAAGCAGCGAUGGUGCAGCGGAUCGUCCGCAAAUGUGUGUCAAACUGAGUUGGGUUACCCUUCUGAUUCUCUGAGUGGUGGGUGUGGCCUGGAGCACUCUCAUUCUCCAGAGAGGCCCCGUGGUGGUGGGCAGGGGGUAGUUCUGCUCAUAGCGGAGGACCUCCUCCCAAUCGCUACACUGAGACAUCUCUAUGUCUGCACACAACACAGAAUGCGAGCUUGUUUCAAUCUCUCUCCUUCUCGCCUUCUCUGAUUCUCGCUUUCUCCUCCCCCGACUGUCUCGCUGUGCGUGUCUGUCGUCUUACCGGGCUCGUGGUGAGUCUCUGCCCAUCUGCGCCUAAGGCGCCCCCUAUGCUUGUCGACCAGGAUCCUGGCGCGCAGAGCGGCGUGUUGCGCCAUGAGCAUCCUGCCGGCCUCCUUCACGUCCUCGAGGUGGAAGGGCUGGCUUGUGAUGACACUGAUGGUGUUCUGGAUGAACAGCGGCCGCUACCGGCGGUGUGGAGGAUGUCCCAGUUCUGCUCCCAGUUGUCCAGCUCUCUGCCGAAGCCAUGCUCGUCCACCUCGCGUGGGGAGGA